UGGGAGCUGGCGUCUACCGUCAAGAAGAGCAUUUACAGUCUGGCAGUGUUGGAGCUUGCAGCUUGUGGCGUUGCUUUUAUAGGGUUUUGCACUCUUCGCCGAAGCGAGAAAUCAAGAAAGUACCUUUAUCAGCACUUCCCAACUGUUUCUAAGACGUACUAUUGGGCUGAAGAUUCAAUAUCGUUUGGACAGUUGACGGGAAGUAGGUUACGUGUGAGCGAUUUACAACGCUGGACGAAAUCUGAUGUAACUGACUGUGCUUUAGAAACUGAUUGA